CCUUUCUUCUCGGUUGUGCGGUGGUCCAAAAUGUCGCUCCUAGACGGUCCGUUAAACGUUCUCGGCCAGAGAACAACCGGCGAAUCCGUUCGCACUCAGAAUGUCAUGGCCGCAGCAUCCAUCGCCAAYAUCGUAAAGAGCUCCCUCGGACCUGUUGGCCUUGACAAGAUGCUGGUGGACGAUAUAGGGGAUGUGACCAUCACCAACGACGGAGCGACCAUCCUGAAGCUGCUGGAAGUGGAGCACCCGGCUGCCAAGGUCCUGUGUGAGCUGGCUGACCUGCAGGACAAGGAGGUUGGAGACGGGACCACGUCUGUGGUAAUUCUUGCUGCAGAGUUUUUAAAGAGUGCCGAUGAGCUGGUGAAGCAGAAGAUUCACCCUACGUCCGUCAUCAGCGGAUACCGUCUGGCCUGCAAAGAAGCGGUGCGCUACAUCAACGAGAAUCUGACCAUCGGGACGGAUGACCUGGGCAGAGAAUGUUUAAUCAAUGCAGCCAAGACCUCCAUGUCCUCCAAAAUCAUUGGAGUUGAUGCCGACUUCUUUGCUAACAUGGUGGUGGAUGCUGCCCUGGCUGUGAAGUUCACAGACAGCAAAGGAGUGGCCAAGUAUCCCAUCAACUCGGUGAACGUGUUGAAAGCCCACGGCCGCAGCCAGAAGGAAAGCUUCCUGGUUAACGGAUACGCACUGAACUGCACGGUCGGUUCACAAGGGAUGGUGAAGCGGGUUGUAAAUGCCAAGAUAGCUUGCCUGGACUUCAGCCUGCAGAAGACCAAAAUGAAGCUGGGGGUCCAGGUCAUUAUCAACGACCCAGAGAAGCUCGACCAGAUCAGACAGAGGGAGUCUGAUAUCACCAAGGAGAGGAUCCAGAAGAUUUUAGCAUCAGGAGCUAACGUUGUUUUGACCACCGGUGGCAUCGACGACAUGUGCCUCAAGUACUUUGUGGAUGUUGGCGCCAUGGCAGUUAGACGGGUUCUCAAAAAGGACCUGAAACGUAUCGCCAAGGCAACAGGAGCCAUCGUCUGCUCCUCGCUGUCUAAUCUGGAAGGAGAGGAAACUUUUGAAGCCACGAUGCUCGGCCAGGCGGAGGAGGUUGUGCAGGAACGAGUCUGUGACGAUGAACUCAUUCUCAUCAAGAACACCAAAGCUCGCACGUCGGCCUCCAUUAUUCUGCGUGGCGCCAACGACUUCAUGUGCGACGAGAUGGAGCGCUCGCUGCACGAUGCUCUGUGCGUCGUCAAGAGGGUCCUCGAGUCCAAGUCUGUGGUACCUGGAGGCGGCGCCGUGGAGGCAGCUCUGUCAAUUUACCUGGAGAACUACGCUACCAGCAUGGGUUCCAGGGAGCAGCUGGCUAUUGCAGAGUUUGCACGUUCUCUUCUCGUCAUCCCCAAAACGCUGGCUGUGAACGCAGCGCAGGACUCCACUGACUUGGUGGCCAAACUGCGAGCUUUCCACAACGAGGCGCAGGUCAACCCUGAACGCAAAAACCUCAAAUGGAUCGGUCUGGACCUGCUGAACGGCAAACCCAGAGACAACCGGCAGGCCGGCGUGUACGAACCCACCAUGGUCAAAACGAAAAGCCUCAAGUUUGCCACAGAGGCCGCCAUCACCAUCCUCCGCAUCGAUGACCUCAUCAAACUGUUCCCAGAGCCAAAAGAAGGCGGGCAUUCAUACGCAGAUGCAGUGCAGUCGGGAUCUCUACAGAACUGAUCGGUCCAUUUCAACAUGUGUAUUUAUAGGUUAACAAGCUUUUCAUGGCUGUUUACUGUAGGCUGUGCACUUUUCUGCUUCCCUCUUCUCUCUCCCCAUCAGUUCUGGAGCUAAUGCUUCUAAAGAAUCUGUGAUUGUUUUGUUUAUGGACACAAUAAAGCUUCAGUGGUUAAA